GGGCCUGGGCGGCGGGCCCAGGGGCGGCGGCCCGGGGAUGGCCCCGCCGGCGCCUCCGGGCGGAUGGGGCAGGCCGGUUUCCGCGCCGGCGGGGACGGGUCCGCCGUCCAGGGUCGGUCCGCCGGGGGGCAGGGUAGGACCUCCCGGGGGUAGGGUCGGUCCGCCGGGCGGGGCUCCCGCGCGCUUCGGUCCCUCGCGCGUCGGCCCGGGAAGACAGUAGCGUACCAUCGGAUAGAGCCGGUUAGGAUGAAAAUAUUAGUCGUGUUACAGUUAUGGUCGAACGACGCU